AUGCCCCAAAUCGACUUUUCAACACCUCGUGUCCACAUCAGCUUCCAAAAGCCGGACGGCGACCCUCCAGAUUGGUCAUCAAUUCCACCAAUCGACUCGAAUCAACCACCGGUGGUGGAGCCUUACCUCACUUUGGCUCCACCUACCAACACAAUGGUGUGCGUCCAAACCCACUUGUUAACGCCUCGAGUCCACAUCACGGUUCACACUCCGCUCGUCAAUCCUGGUGCAUCUGAUGGUCCUCGUUUUCUUCAACCACAACUUGACCGCCACCGGGUUGCGAAACACCAUAAAAGGCUGCUCUCUCACUCAAGUGACCCCAACAAUCGCCCCAAAUUCCCAAAAAAUUUGAUCUUCCGUCACUUUUUUCCAAACGACACAAUGCCACCCAGAAAACUCUCUAAGCCAACCGAUGGUCAAAUUGACACCAUGAGCCGGACCUUGGCAAGCCGCCCAAUCCGUACUCGCAGUCUCCAGGCAUACCUCGAUCAAACUUUGGGGAGAAACAUGCCGUCUUUCAGCACGCACUUCAACUUUGCUCGUAGCCCAACCCCCUAUGCCCGUUGUGUCAGCACCCCAAAUACUUCGAUCACUGGAGUCAACCCUCACAUCAGCCCUUUCCUAUCUGCCGGUUCUUCAAACUCCAACUCAAUCAGCAACUUAUCAUCUGCAACAACCUCAGACGGUAUCGGGAGCUCCCCUAUGAAAAGACCGGCCCCCGUUCCCAAUUCCCCUGUCUUGAACCUGAACAUCAAUCACGAUGACAACGACGAUGAGCUUCCACCGCGAUUUGAAGAUGAAUACGUCAAAGGUCGCCCUGUUUCACUUCAUGUUCCAGCUCAAAUUUCCAAUACAUCACAGGCUCCGACUCAGACCAGUCCCGCUCACGCCGAGUGGCCCAAAGAAGCACGAAAAUAUUCGGUGCAUUUCAAUCUUUGGCAACCUGAGUGCCCUGCCGAACCCGAACCGAAGAAGCACAAGCGUACCCCCGGUGGCUCUCGUCCAAGUCAACGUAAAUCAACCAAGGCCAAGUACAACAACUAUGCUCCAAAGGUACCUACGUAUAUAACCUUUAAACCGGAUGACAUGGACUUUGGCUUGUUCAAAUCUCAGCUAUUCAAAUCUUGCAACGAGCACCUACCUGGUGUGGACCAGGUCCUCCACCGGUCCUGGGUUCAAGGUGGCCUUUUGAUUAUGGGUUAUAUCAACGGUUCUAAGGGUUACAAAGGUAGAGAUAAAGAGCCCAUUAAAACGCCCAGCUUUCUCGACCACUCCUUCAAACAUUUCCUCGAGGCUUGCAAGGCUGCACCUGCCUCUUCAAAGAUGGGCUUUCGAAUUGUUCAUGAAAACCCCUUGAAGACCGAGACCGCUCUUCGUUCACUUGCCCACCAAUGGCCUCUGAUGGAGUAG